AUGUCUACCUCCGGAUCCGGUCAGUCCAGCGUCGGCAACCGCGCCAUCUACGAGGCCGGUGACCAGCGCAACGUCCCCCAGGCCGAGUUGAACGAGCGUACCCGCUACGCCGAGGGCCAGACUCACAGCCACAAGAACCUUGACUCCAAGGACCAACGCUCCAUCGCCAACAAGCUCGCCUCCCAAGAGAACAAGCCCGAGAGCGACCACCACCACAACUUCACCAAGGACCCCGAGGCCGAGCUCAGCAAGCAGGACCCCACGAAGCCUGCCAAGCUCCACGGCAACAAGCCCUCCAAGGGCGCCCAGAUCGACGCCGAACUCAAGGCCGAGGACGAGCAGAGACUCAAGGAGAAGGGCAUCAAGCACUAG